AAAUAACCCGGCCUUUUUCUUCGUCCGCUAUGUCUGCUUCGCAUAACACACACCAGACUGCCAGAGGCUUCAACUCUAUCUACUCCCAAUCGGACAACUAAGGACGCCGCCGCUUCAUCUCGUCGCCUUUGCCGGUGCAUUCCGCCGCACACAAGUCGCCACUUCCGCCACACAGAAGUCUCCACCGCCACUACUCUGUUGCGCAUUCCUUCUUCGUCGUUGUACUCAUCAUAUGUCGCCGCAGUUGUUCAUCUACUCCGAUAUGGUGGAUGUCGUCUCUUUUCCGCACUGCUGGCGUCGCUAUAACUUCUAUCUUCUACUCCUUUCUUCUCACCCAUGACCGCUACCAGUUUCAUGGAUCUGGCUAUAAAGAUUUUUUUUUUUUGAGAGUUGGCUAUAAAGAAUUUUGUAACAGAUCUGAUAUCGAGUUAUGGAGAUCCAACGAAAUCAGGGGUCCGUUUAUUUUUUUCUGCAGGGGGUUGGAGCAAGCGGCGGGGUGGGGGUUGUGGGAGAGAUUGGGCAGUGGCUUGGGUGGGGUUGGGGCAGGGAUAGAUAGACGGAAGGGAAGGGGCUGAGUUGGGAGAGGCUACGAAGGCUGGUCAUUGGUGGUUGUUGCCGGUGGCGGCGAUAGCGGUGACGGCGAUAGUGGUGGCCGGAGGUGGUGGUAGCGGUGGUCGACUAGGACCGCCGCCACUUCAAUCAAGUAAUUGUAACUGAUCGGGUAUUGUCAAUGCUCGGGUUGAGCAACUUUAAUUGGUCGGAUUUGGUAACUUUAAUUGGUCGGAUCGAGUAACUGUAAUUGAUUAGAUCGAGUAACUGUAAUUGCUCGGGUAAGAUAAUUGUAAUUGUUCGGGUCAUGUAAUUGUAAUUGGUCAGAUCGAGAUAACUGUAAUUGCUCGGAUCGGGUAAUUGUAAUUGUUCGGGUCGUGUAACUGUAAUUGAUCUGGUCAUGUAAAUGUAAGGGGGUGUAUUGUAUUAGGAAUUAGUGUCAAAAUUUUAAAAGUCAAUGGAUUUUAAAAGUUUAGGUGUAUUCAAUGUGGAAUUUUAAAAGUCCACAAAAGUCUAGGUGUAUUCAAUGCGGACUUUUAAAAGUCUAGUCGUGUUCAAAUUUCCGUUCAUUCUUAUUGACUUCUAAAAUCAUGGAUUCUCG